AUGCGGCCCGCUGGCAGACUAAACAUCCACUCUGUGAGACACAUGCUGCUUCUGCUGCAUCUGUCAACCAGUGGCAUCUCUGUGGCUGCAGCCUGUGCUGAGGCAGCAAUCUGCACAGACAAAAGUCUUAUCACCAGGCACAAACAACAGGCCGACCCCCUCCGCCCGCCCGCCCGUCGACAGAACAGAAACACACCGCCAUUCACUCUCUGUCUGCCUCUACCCGCGGGUCUGCUUCACAUCACACCCUUAAAAGACGGACAAUUAAUCAUCACACUUAUCAAAACACAUGAUCGGCAUCUGGCUCACUCUGUCUAUCCGCGAGCCCGCUCUCUUUACAACCAAAACACUCUCAGUCACUUCACAGGUUUCACAGAUCGCAUUCACACUCGGUGA